UGGAUGUCACCUCUUUCUUCACUCCGUAUGUCUUUUCUGUAAGUGUACGACACCAACUCGAGCAUUGCGAAGUAGCGUUCAAUGGAAAAGAACAACAAGGAGAAGUAUUCUUUCUUCACAAUAAAGUAAGGUACAGGAUGGGGUUCUGUCGCGUAUCUUAUGUAUCGUCAAUGUCCACGACUCCCGACAACAUUUUACGGCUAUCAGAUCGUCCUCUUCUUCAUAUCACCACAUUUUACAGCAACCCAACCAGGAUUGCCCGAUUAUAAACGACAGAUAUGCCUCUAACAACCCUCCACCUCCUCGCACUGUCUCCCAACGCUACCAUCAACCAAUACGUCCGCGCGCUCUCCUCCUUUGGCGUCAAACCCUUCGUUACCUCCCGCUGUAUCCGCUGGGUUAUCAGACCCGAAACGCUCUCCACUGAGCAAUUGCUCAACACGACAUGGGACCUCCUAAUCAUCCUUCCCGCCUCCAGCCCACUCCCGGAAGCUUAUCUGUCUCGGGACUGGGUGAGCAACCACUGGAGCAUCACCGCCGGCGUCCCAAGCAGCCUGGUCAACGACUUUGAGCGGCGAAAUGAACGACUUUUGCACCCUCAGUCCGGCGAUGUGCCAGAGCUUACGGGAAGCUUAGAGAAGCCUAGAAUGACAUCUUCCGCCCAAGGGCUGGAGCUGAACGACGAGCUUCUGGAAUGGAGCCGCCACUUCAAGCUGGGACAGAACGGGGCAGUAAGCAUGCUCAAUCUCCUCGCCUUCAAGCCAGAUAUGCACGAGAGUUACCUGCGCUACGGAAAAGCUUUCUCUGAAUCCAUCGGCAAAAAACGCGGUGGUUUUGCCAAGGUCGUAGGUAAGGUGGUGCCUAAGCAGGGCACACAAGGCGAGGAUCAAGCGGGCUGGGACGAGAUUGCCCUGGCGCACUACCCGAGUAUUCGCCAUUUCGCGGAUAUGAUUGCGAGUGAGGAUUAUCAGGAAGUUAAUCAUCGGGACAGGUUGCCGAGCUUGAGGGAUACGUGUAUUUUGUGUACGAGCGAGCUGGAUCCGGAUUUGACGGUGGAGAAGCCUAAGCUAUAGCUCGACUUCUGUACGAUGAG